AAAACAUCAAAAUUUGCCUCAAGGUCAGUGGUCUUCUCUCGAAGUGUUACUUUUAUAUUAAAAUGUGAUGCGAGUUUGUUACCAGGACACUUGAUCUUAAUAUCUGCCUUAAAAAUGAGCCCCACAUACUCACUGUCCCUCCCCGAACCUAUGAAGAAGUCUGCAGCACCCACCAGGAAACAUUAACAUUAGAACAUAAAAAUUGAUUUUGUAUUCAAGCAACGGCUUGAAUACAGUUGUUCAUUGUGUGUACACAGAUGGGCAUAGGAAUGAAAGAGUCGCGGUGCUUUUGUAAAGCUGUGAGAAACCCGUUUGGAUUGUUUGUUACCGUUUUAAUCCCAUUAAUUAAAACGUUAACCUGAUUGGGUAGCGCGCGCUCAAUCCCGAUAGGCGAAUCUUCUUCAUAUUAAUAGCCCGACUUGAGAUAAUGAUGUAAAAGACUCCCCCUUCUGCUGCUGAUGCUGAUCGCUGCCGAGAUCUACAAAGUGUGUCUCAACACGAUAAACGCAGUGUAGAGCACUUUAGGAGGAGCUACUGCCUCUACACCUCACUUGACAAGUGGAGCAGCCAUCAACAUCAACUCCACUUCAUAGAGUAGAAACUUAAGGAGAGGACAGUGGCUGAGUGAAGCCCCACCAUCGCAUCCGACUUUUCCGGAGACUAUGGACAGGAGAAUAAACUUGGGUGGAGACAUUUUUCACAAAACUCUCAGCGCAGUGUCGAGCAAAAAGAUGGACUCGUUUCGACCGGCUGCGGGUAUUGAUCUUGGUGCCCGGGACAGCCAGUCGCCCAUUAGCUGUUUUGACCAGACAGACCCAGACCCGGUGCAGCCCGGGGGGCGAGCGGGCACGUUGGGUCUGCCGACCGGAUCUUUGUGUGUGAAGUACGGCGAGAGCGCAAACAGGACAUCGGCUGCGGAGAGCAGCGGCGGCGAACAGAGUCCGGACGAUGACAGUGACGGCCGGUGCGAGAUGAUGCUCAUGACGGACGGGAGAACGACGGUGCCCGGCGCAAAGUCAGAAGGAGGUAAGAAAAACAAAGAGCAGAAAAUCCUGAGACUAAACAUCAACGCCCGGGAGAGACGGAGAAUGCACGAUCUGAACGAUGCGCUCGAUGAGCUGCGCGCGGUCAUCCCUUACGCGCACAGUCCGUCUGUACGGAAGCUCUCCAAAAUUGCCACCUUGCUCUUAGCCAAAAAUUACAUCCUCAUGCAGGCACAGGCGCUGGAGGAGAUGAGACGGCUGGUUGCGUAUCUCAACCAAGGCCAGGCUAUCUCUGCCGCCUCGCUGCCCGCGACCACAGCUCUCACACCGGGUUUGGGCGCAUACGAGCAGCCGGCUGGUUACCCGUUCCCCGCAGGAGUUGCAGCAUCCUCCUGUCCGGACAAAUGUGCCCUUUUCAACAAUGUCACCUCCAGCCUCUGUAAGCAAUGCACUGACAAGCCUUAAACUCUUCAGCGGUACUGACUCUGGUAGAAGCACAUGCGCAACGUUUGACUCUGAAAAAAGAGAGGCUGAUGUUUUCCAGCAGUUUUACAAUGAGCUCAAUAGAGAAGAAUGCUAAAAACUUUUCUUACAACUUCAUUCCAAGAAAAACUGAUUGUGUACAUACGGUAUAGCCUAUACUUUAAGUGCUGGUGAGAGUGGGAUAAAAAAAACCAAACAAAGUCUAUGUGAUGAUGAAGAAUGAACAGUUAAUUAACGUGGACCCUUCAGAAUGACGUGUAUCACUGACCUGACAACAUGCAACCAUGUUUUACCUUGUUUAUGAUGCCAAACUUUUCAAGGUUUUUAACUCUAACUUGCAAUAAUAGCCUACGUAUUCUUGCUACUUUGAAUUUAUGUUAUGUAAAUGUUUGCUUUCAAGUGCAUCCGUGUUUUGAAAAGCAGCAGCUGGAAGGAGCAGCGUAUUGGACUUUAUUCCAAAGUAGCCUACGCGUUAUUUCGAAAGCGUAGUUGAGAUUGUUCAUUUCAAAAUUGUAAUAUAAUAUAUUGUUAGUUUGGUGGAAUCUUAAAAAGUUGUUUUGCUUUUUUUUUCUUUUCUUUUUUUAAUUUAUAUAAAUGGAUGAAUUCAAGUGGGUCUGCAUGCCUGGUCUGAUUAUGCAUUGUCAUCUUUGCUGUAAAUUUGGCUUUUUACAAACACACAUGCAGUUUGGAUAUAGGGACGUGGCGGUUUCAACUUGUUGUCAGGUCGAGGCUGGAAGCAAUGUAGAUAUAUUAGUUUCAAUAUGACCACAGAGGGCCAUUUGUAUGUGUUGAUGUAUUGGAAAGCUUUAUUAAAAUAUUUUGAUCCAACA